AUGGGCUGCUCACAAUCGAAAAUUGAUACAAUAUCUAAUCAAUCUAUUGAACAAGAUUCUUGUUCAAAAUUUGUUCCAUCUAAUUCAUUAUCUAAUGAACAAUCCAAUCGUAUUGUAGAAGAUUGUAUUAUUGUUUGGUUUUUAAAUGAUUCUUCCAUAAAUGUUGUGGUUGAAAAAGCUAAAUUACGUCAUGUUGUUUCAACCGUAAAAAUUUUCACCGAUCACGAUGAAUGUAUUACUUAUAUUAUGAACAUUCGAGUCGAAAGAAUAUUUCUCAUUGUACCUUCUAUUGAAACAUGUCUGGAAUCAAUACAAAAUUUAUCUCAAAUUGAAAAAAUUUACGUUCUUCAUCCAUUUUUUCGUGAAAUUGAUUACACUAUAGAUGUUCCUAUGUCAUCAAAUAUGUUCUAUGAUAUUGAUAGUCUUUGUCAACAAUUAGAGACAGAUGUUGAAUUGUGUGAACUUGAUCUUUUAAUUAUUACGGCGUCAUCUUCAUUAUCAUCUAAUGAUAUUAUAUCUAACGAUGCGAAAAAACAAGAAGCAUUAUUUCUUUAUACACAAUUAAUGAGAGAAAUUCUAUAUCGAUUAAAAUUUGAAAAUAAUGCUAAAAAUGAAUUUAUUAAUUUUUGUCGAUUACAUUAUGCAAAUAAUUACGAACAAUUAUCUAUAAUUGAUCAUUUUGAAAAAAAUUAUCGACCACAAAAAGCACUUUGGUGGUUGACACGGCAAUGUUUUGUUUGGCGUAUUCUACAACGUAUACAGCGUACAUUUGAGAUUGAUAUUAUUUACAAAUUAGGUUUUCUUCUUAAACAUGCACAUACACAACUUACUAUUUUUCAAGAAAAUAAUUCAUUUCUAUCAGAAAAUUUAUUAAUUGUCUAUCGUGGUAAAACGAUGUUUAACGAUAAGUUUGUUGCUUUAAUAAAAAAUAAUUGUGGCGGUCUACUCUCAUUUAACAAUUUCUUUAUAGCUCACACUGAUAAGGAAAUUAGUCUUAAUUUUAUUCGUCGUCGUCUUACUGCUUUUCCGAAUGCAACUGCUGUUCUUUUUGAAAUACAUCUUAAUUCGACGAUACGUAGUACAAGAAGUCCAUUUGCUGCACUUGAUAAAAUUCAUGUUGAUGAACAAAUUGAAAGAAACGGUAUUUUAUUUAGCUUGAGUACUGUCUUUCGUAUUAAUUCUAUUAAAGAAUUUACUGACAAUUUAACAAUUACUAUAUGGACCGUGAAAUUAAGUUUAGUUGCUGAUGAUGAUCAACAACUACUUCGUCUUGUAGCGCCGUUACGAAGCAGUGAAAUACAUGCUAAUCCAUUAUCAUAUGCAGGCAAAUUAUUCAUGGAAAUGGGUGAAUACGCACAUGCUGAACAAUUCUUUAUUGAAAUGUUACAAGAUGCUUCAGUUCGUAGUCAACCACGUCGUCUUGUACGUGUACAUAAUGGUCUUGGUGCUAAUUAUAUGAUUAUAGGUGACUAUAUCAAAGCAUUAGAACAAUAUCGACAGGCACUUGAUGUUAGCUUAAGUUAUUUACCACCUAUACAUACUGAUCUUGCUCCUCUUUAUGAUGCUAUUGGAAAAAGUUAUUUUUAUCUAGGUGAUUAUAAAAGAGCGAUAGAAAACUAUGAAAAAGCAGCAGAUAUAAUUGAACUUAAUGGUCAAUCAAGCAAUGACCAAUUAAUCAGUGACUUAAAAAUUCGCCUUGGCAAUACUAAGAAACUACUUGACAAUGAAUGA